ACAUUUUAUGUGGCGUUUUUAUCACUUUUAUAAUAAAAUGCAAGUGUGUGCAAAUUCAACAAGAAAAUACUUAAUGUGCAUAUUUAUCCGACUUAAUCCUAAAAAGCACAGUUAUCGCAUCACUUCAUGUAAAAAACAAAGCAAAUAUUAGAGUUUUAAGAUUAUUUUCAUGCACGUCAACGUUUCCCUUUGAUAACAACAGAAACAAAACAUGUUUUGCUCUUUAGUACUAUUUAGUACAGCUAGGCCCUAUUUAUACACCUUUAAUAACGUAGUUCCCCUGAAAACGUUAAAGUAAUGUUUAGUCGUUUACUGUGAGUUUUAUAUCACAGUUAGUUUUCAGAGUUGUCACUGCCUCGUAUUGCGUCGAUUCUGACAUCUACUGGGUUCCGCUUUGCGCAUGUGAAAAAAAUAAAUAAAGAUACACUACCGGAUGCGUUCAGUUUUGGUUUUAACUCAACCUGCUGUCAACCCGGAAAGAGGCUGAGCUCAUUUCUAUCAUGCGCCAGCGCACAGAGUUCGGCGCUUUCAUCUGUUUUCGCGGAUAAACGUGUGCAGUUAUUGUGUCCUGACGCGCGCCGAGCAUUUCACAGACAGGAGAACGCGGAUUUGGGACAUGCCUUACCUGGACAGACAAAAUCGAACCUGUGGAUUCCUGGAUAUUGAGGAAAAUGAAAACAGUGACAAGUUUUACCGCCGUUAUUUUAUCUUGGAUACUCAAAAUAAUUUUCUCCUAUGGUACAUGGACAAUCCACAGAACUUACCUGUAGGAACAGAUUGUGUUGGAAGUUUGCGACUCAGUUACAUUUCAAAGGUUAAUGAAGCAUCAGUAAAGCAGAAACCAAAGGCAGAGUUCUGCUUUGUAAUAAAUGCGUUGUCCAGACGGUACUUCCUGCAGGCAAAUGAUCCUGUGGACUUGAAGGAAUGGGUCACUGCCCUGAAUAAUGCUACCAAAAUAACAGUUCCAAAAGUAUCACCAGUGGCUCACACCUCUGAUGUUACAAAUGUCUCAAACCCAAGUCAGUCAACAUCUCGACUGGCUUACAAAACAGAAAUUGUCGGAGGUGUUGUUGUGCACACACCUGUCCAGCAGAGCGAUACUGAGAAUGUUUUUACGUGUGAGCCAGGGUCACAUGUCACUUUAAGGAGAUGCCAGAGCGUGCGUCCCAAUAUCGUGAGGUCUGGCUACUGUGUCAAACAAGGCAAUGUGAGGAAGAGUUGGAAGAGGAGGUUUUUCAUUCUAGAUGACCAAACUGUGAGCUACUAUAAAACUGAAAUGGAUAAGGAUCCGUUGCGCAGUAUCCGACUGAGGGAUGUGCUUAAAGUUAAUGAGUGCCUUGUAAAAUCAGGGGAUCUACUGUGCCGUGAUAACCUUUUUGAAAUCAUAACAAAUACUAGAACCUUCUACAUCCAGACAGACACCCCAGAAGAAAUGAAAGUCUGGAUCAAGGAUAUCGCUUCAAAAAUUCAAGAAUUUAGAGGACCAUCUAAGUGUCGUGGUUCCAGAAAAGUCUUUUCUGCGCCAAGGAAACCUCAGCUUGUCAAGUCAUGUUCCAUGGCAGAUUCGUGGCAACCCUGGACCCCUGUGCCCAAUCAGGAGAAGCGUUUGAAGGAAGAGGACCCAUACAGCUCUCUCCCUUCUCUCACACACCCAGGCCAUAUCUCUCAGUCACAAACUCGCCAACGACACCAUUCCCAACCUCAACUCGCUCCCACUGACACAGACUUUCCAGACUGCCUUGACAAUCUCCGCACCACUGAUGUUUAGUUGCUUUAACGGAUACUGCUGGCCUGCACACAGAUAAUGUUAUGAUUUUACUCCUUUGAUUGUGCUUUUUCUUGUUUAAUGGAGCACACACAAUUUUGCAGCAAGACUGCAAACAAGUAAAGCUGUGCAAACCUGUGUGCGAUCAUUGCAUUGCUGUUCACCCACCUUAAAGGAAUGUCUCUUUUUAGAAAUGUAAAAGCUGGAAGGCUGAGCUGGUGAAUAGACAGACUUUUAUGUGUUACAUUUCUUUCAGGAAAGACUUAAGUAAAAUGUCUGUAUUUUCACUAUUCAAGUCCAAAAGUAUGAGAUCACUAUUGAAAAUGCUUCUAUUUAGCAUUGUACUAAUAUAACACAAACAUUUUUUGUAACAUUUUACUAUUACGUUGUAUACAUUAGCAAUAGUUAACAUGAUCUAACAAUUGAGCAGUACUUUUGCAGCAUUUAUUAAUGCUGGUUAAUGUUCAUUUCUACAUAACACAUCAGUAAAUGCAUUAUAAGCUUAUAAAAUGCAUUAGAACAUUUCAAAAUUAACAUUAACCAAGAUCAAUAAAUGCUCUAAAAAUGAUUGUUCAUUGCUAGUUAAUGAUACCUAUCAUGAUAUAUAUAUCUCUAUAUCUUUUUCAGAUUUAUGUAUUUCAAUUUCAUAACAAAAGUCCAUCAAAUUUUGUAAUGUUUAACAAAAUUAAAAUUAAAUAUUAUUAUGGAAAGAAAUUAUAUCCAAGAGUGCAUCUGGUACUCAAAAAAAUGCCACAGGUUCUCCAGAAAGGAAUGUAAAUAUUUAAUAAUAAUUAAUAAAAAUAGCAGUGGAUGUUUUAAAAACAUGAAUCUAAUAGUUAUUAUUCAAUUUGCUGGACUUUUGUUAUGAAAUUGAAAUGCGUGACUCUUAAAAUAUAUAUUUUUUUUGUUUACAUUUGAUUAGUGUCCUAGAAAUAAGAAUCCUAAAUACUACUUAUUAAUUUUACAUAAUACAUUUUCAUUGUUUUAAAUUUGUCAAUCCUACAACAUUUAUUUCAAUGUAAAAUGAAAGAA